GCUAGGAGGCGAAAAGGAGGAGGAGGAGCUUUUUCCGUGACGCACAUUGAACGCGACGAAGCCGGGGAAGCCCUUCUUUGAUGACGUAGAAUGAUCGCGACGAAGCCGGGGAAAGAAGAGGGCAAGCUGGCUGGCUAAUGGCGCCGGUGGGGAAGAGGAGCGUUCCUUCGGGAAUGAAAGGGAAUGGCGGCUCGAGAAAGUCGAAGGCUGGCUUGGGCCAGAAACGUCAGUGGAGGAGGGACCCCCGACUGACGAGGGGAAGCGUCCAGGAGGGUAAAGGCUUUGCUUUUUGGCGGAAAAAAAAGAUUCAACGUGAUUAUAAGAAAUUACUGAAAAAAGAAAGCAAUGCAAAUUCCAAAAAGAUUGAAUACACAGAAGAUUAUCCAGAGCACUUGAAGCAUCUUUAUUUAGCUGAAGAAGAAAUACUUAAGAAACAACAGAGACCUAGAAAUAACAAUCAAGGUGUAAAGGAAGUAAAGGAGUCUCCAACACCAAAAUCCAAUACAGUUCGGAGACAGUUUAAAACAAAAACAGCAAACCAGAAAGCAAAGGAAGAUUAUGAAAGAAUAAAGGCUGAGCGAGAUCAGAAAAAAGAGGCAGCCAAACAAAGGAGGGAAGAAAGAGAGAAAGCACAGAAACUAUACAAACAGAAGAAAAUGGAAGCUUAUAAAAUAUUAAGUAAAAGAACCAAGAAAGGACAGCCAAAUCUAAACUUACAAAUGGAGUAUCUCCUUCAGAAAAUACAGCAAAAUCCAUGAACUUUUAUUAUCUUUUUUACUGGUUUAGUCAAAUAUGCUUUUAAUCUCUUCCCCCCCCCCCCCCCCCAUAAGACCUUUUCCCUUCAUUUUUGGAAUAUGAGUUUUUGUUGAAAGUUUGUUAAAUUAUGAUGAGAGGACUUGAAAGGUGAAGAAUAAAACUUACUGCCAAACUCA